CUGAAAUUACAAAAUCGCCCCUCUUGAGUUUCCUUCUCUGAUAUGCUGUACCCUUCUCUCCCUCUUCUCCAUUAUAUAUCCUCUCCCCACGUUGAUUCUAUCCCCACUUCCCCGCCCCAAACUCCCAGUGAUUGAAUCGGCAAACCCUAUCGUCCCCGUGCCAGACUGCCUUCACAGUUAGAGAUGGGUCAGAUCCAGUACUCUGAGAAGUACUUCGAUGAUACUUAUGAGUACAGGCAUGUGGUUCUGCCUCCUGAAGUGGCCAAACUGCUUCCCAAGAAUCGGCUUCUCUCUGAAAAUGAGUGGCGUGCAAUUGGGGUUCAACAAAGCCGUGGUUGGGUUCAUUAUGCAAUUCAUCGCCCUGAGCCACAUAUCAUGCUUUUCAGGAGGCCUCUGAACUAUCAGCAGCAGCAGGAAAAUCAGGCCCAGCAAAACAUGCUUGCCAAGUGAAUCGACUUUAAAGUGAAAAUAUGAAAGUAAAUGUCGAAAUUAUACAGGUUUCUGCUGGGUAAUGUAUUUUUUGUACGGUGUCACACUGUCACUGUUGUAGAAUUCUCCGACCUGGAGAAUCUUUAUAUAGAUCUUGGUUGUCUGUACUUAUUGGAUAUAUGUUGAUCUGCCUCUGGUGUGCUAUUUAUUUGCCUAUGAUGGACUAAUAGUCACUGGAUUUUUUUAUUAAUAGCGUCCAUCUUAUUAGUGGUUUGUGACUUUGUGUUGAACAAUAGUUUUCUCAUAUGUUCUUUUCUCUUCUCUUA